AUGGAUGCUCACGCUUCGUUUCAAGCUAGAGCCUUACCUCCUUUAGCUAAUAUACUAAUUAACAACACUGAUUCCGCCGUGACCGCUUCAGCUAUUGAUCUAAUUGCAAGUCUCGUAAAAGGUGGUCCUUCACCACUUCCAUCUCCGUAUAUUGAACAUGUAUUUCCGCCAUUAAUGCAUCUAAUGCUGACAACCGAAGAUCGAAGCAUUUUGCAGAAUGGGGAGAUUUGCUUAAAAUACUUUGUACAAAAAGAUUGCACACGAAUUGCUGAAUGGACUGAUGUGAGCGGAAAAACGGGCCUAGAUUAUGUGAUACAAUUCAUCGCAAAGUCGCUUCAACCAACUGAAAGUGAAUCAGCGACUUUUUUUGGCGAUUUAGUUGUUAAGCUUAUCGAAAAGGCAGGGAAUAGACUUUUACCUGUCCUUCCAGAAUUGCUCAGAGCAGUCAUAGCGAAACUGGAAAGUGCUCGCACUGCAACAUUUAUACAGUCCUUGCUUAUGAUUUUCGCAUAUUUGACUCUUAACCAGAAAUCUACUGUAAUCAACUUUAUGAGUGAAUCGGUUAUUAAUGGGAAAAAUGGUCUUGAUAUAUUGCUUAAUACGUGGCUUGAAAAUCAUGAUAGUUUUCAAGGGCAUCAUAAUAUAAAAAUCAGUGCCAUUGCGUUGUCUGAACUUUUCCUAUCCUGUGAUCCGAGAAUACAAAAUAUUAAAGUUAAAGGUGAUUUAAUUAUAAAGCCAUCUUCAAAGAUAAUGACACGCUCAAGGACUCGUCAAAGUAUUAUAUGCCUUUUUGCAUUGUUAUGUCUUCAACAAAUUUUUAGUAAACUAUUACAUUACUCGUUAGAUCCGCACCAAUAUGUUUAUAUUUCUGCAACUAUAAAGAUUAUAAAAUUACUUGUAUCAGAUCUCCAAAAUGCAGCAGGAGACAAUCUAAAACGUUCUGAAUUGGAUGAUAUCUUAGAUGAUGAGGAGGCUAUCGAAACUGAUGAUGAGGACGACGAGUGGGAAGAUGUUGAAGAGCCUUCUCCAUUUGCUCCUUCAGAAGAUUACAUUGUUCUUUCAGAGUUUAAUAAGGCUCGAGAAUUUGAAGAUUUUGAAGACGAUCCUGAUAUUAAAGAUAAUCCAAUUUAUCAUACCAAUCUCAGAGAGUAUUUGGUAGACUUUUUCCGCCAUUGUGCCUCCCAUAAUAUCAACAAUUUUGCUGAAAUAUGUUCGGCACUUAACGAAGAAGAGCAACUUAAAUUACG